CACUAAUUAAUACCUUUGAACUCAGCUCAUUGGGUGGAACAUGAUAUCAAUUUUUUUGUUAUUGCCAAAAUUUGGUAUGAAAUCACAGACUCACAACUAUAUAGACUUGUUACAAUUUUCUUACUAAACUCAUAUUUAUUAAAUAUUCUUCUUUUGACCCAAUAGCUCGGUUUACACUAUUUUAACUAUAAAUAUUUUUUGUUUUAUAUGUGAAGUAAAACAUUAAUGUUUAUUUAUUAUCUCAAUCUUCGAAUUUAGAUUUUUCUUAGCAUGAAAUGUGAUGUUUAACGUACAUCCUUAACAAAGACUUCUCUAAAUUUCACACAUUUCAUUUUUCAAGUGAUCUCGUGUCUCAGUCAAAGUUCAUCAACUAUUAUACUCAAGUCAUUUUGGAAACUUCAAUUUAUAAUCUUUAUCAAUAAAUAACAUCAAGUCUGAAAAGAAAAUUUCUUAGCAUAUGAUGUAAGACCUCAAUAGAGCUUGCUCAAUCCACAUGACCUAGAGAAAAUAUUAGUAAUGUGAACUUAGGAUACAUUAUUAAUACUGCACAUACGAUUUAUAUGUUUUCACUUGAUCAGAAUGAAAAAAAAGUUUUUUAAUAAAUAACUAUUAUUUAUUUGUCAAGUUUCUUUCAGACAUUAUCGACAAAAUAUUAUUAUUUUUGUGUGUUUGUUUAAAUUAUUCAUUAAAAUGUAAAUUAUUAUUAAGUUUUAGUAAAAAUGAGCAGAAAUUUAUAUAGUAAUCUUUAAUCAUAUAUUUUUUUGAUUUAAAAAGUGUGAUAUAUAUGUCACUCUACGAACAUUAGUAUAUUGUUGCGUACAUCGAUAUAAUGCAAAACCAAAAUGUGAUAUAUGUCACUCUCCAUCAUGAUUGUCACGUCGGUCGGCAUGUCACCGGUUGAACCAUUCAACCGGUAUAGGUCCUGAAAUCGACAUGACACCAUCGGUAUGAACGGUAUGAUCGUUUUACGAAUUUCUUAGUAAAAUACGUAGUUUUAGUGAAUUUAAGUAUGAGUACAUGUAAUUUUAUUUGAAAUAUCAUAUUUUAUUCAAAUAUCAAUAUGAAUUGUACGUGAAUUGUCUUCAAAUAUGGUUUAUAUAUGAUUAAAUUCAUUUGACAUUAAUGAUUUUUUAUAUUUCUACAUAUAUUUUAUUAACCGGCAUGAAACGACAUAAACCGGUUAUACCACUAGUAAAACCAUUCCACUUGCUAAACCGGGUUGAUAACUUUUCUCUCCAUAUAUUAUUUAUAGAUAUAAUACAAAAACAAAAGCAAAAUAAUUAUUGGAUAAAAGAGAAUUAAAUAUUAAAUGAAGAGAGAGGGACAACUCCAUAAAUAGGUCAAUAACUAUUUUUUUGGUAAAAAAUUUGUCCACCUUGGCAACUUGAGAUCUCUCCAAGUGCUUAUGUGGCAAAAAUUUAAUUUUGAAUUGCCAUAAUAUUAUGUAUAGAUAGAUAGAUAUAUGACACCAUUACUCCGGUUCGAACUGAGAGUUGGGGUUGGUUGAUUGGAUAUAUUAAGUAAGCGAACAUAGUUAAAUGGGAUCCUGAACUUAGCCCGUAAGAUCUUCCUCGUUUUAUGGAUAUGAUCAAAGGAAAUAUGUUUGAAAUAAGAUAGAGGGAGAGAAGAAGAAAUACAGGGAAAGAAAGAUGAUUAUCAACAUGGUAUGUUUCGAAUCCAGCCAUGUGAAAGAGUUCUUGGGAUCAGGAUUAAACUUUCUCGAGUCAGAAAUUGCAACUACAUGCAUCAGCAUGGGAUAUCGCCAAAUUAGCUUUAGAUCAUACUUCAACUGAAAUACUGGAAAGAGGAUAAAAAAAGCCUCCCUAAAGGGACAAGGGACUAGGGAAAGUGUUUUGCAUGUGUAAAGACAAAACAGCAUUCCAUGUCACGAGUAGUGUUCUAAACUUCUUAUUUAACAACAUUUUCCGACUCUCACAUCACUAGCUAAUAGCAAUACUUCAGUACUGUGAUGGGUUCUUUAUGAAUGUAGUUUAGUCAGGGAUGGUAAAAUGGGUGGGCACUGUCGACUGUAAAGACGAAUAUUAAUAAGUUCACAUUCUCUUAUAGUCGAAUCGAGAACACUAAGAGCAACGGUUAGCAGAAGCCACUAAGAAAUCUUUAAUGACUCGAAUUUGGUAUGAAGGAACCGAAUCCUUAACACGCUUUGUUAUAUAUGUUUGUGUUUGUUAGUUCAUGACAAGCUUUGGGUAUUCGCAGGUUCUUAGAGGUUUAUUGGUGCAAUCAAGUAAAAUCCAAUUAGAAAAUAUAUUACGGAAGAGUGUCGAGAUUUCUUGUAAGGAAUCUGUUUCGGUUAAAUAAAAAUCGAACCGACUUAGAUUGAACAGUUUCAGUUUAGAGCAUAAACAAUGAAAUAAUAUUAUAGAUCAAAUUGAUAACUAUAACUAUCAAUAGAUAAUAUACCAUUAAAAAAAUAUUGUAAUACAAACUAAUAUGAUACAUCAAACACUAAUUUAAAUUUCAAAGCAUAAAGGAAAGCAGGGAUUUGUUCAUGGCAUGUGAGACAACAGUGAAUGGCAUGAUCCAAACAAAGCACCCCUCUUGAUAUUAAACUUUUUUUACCUCUUUCCUUUUCUUUCUUUCUGGGGUUCUUACCCUAUCAUCUGGCCUCAGGCUUGGCAUUUAGCCAAAAUUUUCCAAUUUUAGCAGCCAUGAUGUUCUUGAAUUAUUUUCCAUUCUUAACAAAAGGUAAAUUUUAUAUUAAUAAAAUUCUAAAGAAACCCAAAACCAUGAGCUUGUUUCUUCAUCCAUCUGGGGUACCUAUUUGAAUACAUUAUCUUCAAAGUGUGCCAAAGGGUAAUUAUUGGCAAAUGGGGGAAUGACAAUGAAAACAAAUAAAACUAAAAGACCCAUUUAGAGAAAAUGGUUUCUUUACCAAACAGGUAAAGACCCAGAUGAAAAAGGAUCCUUUUAAGAUUAAAAAAAAAAUUAACUGUUGAGUUAAUUUUUUCCACUUAGGUGCCCUUUGUACGGGUUGUAAUGUGACUUGAUUCCUCGCUUAUGAAUCAAGUCAAUGAUCCAUGGAUCCAAUCCAUGAAUCCACCAAUCCAAUUGGAUUUGGAUAAAAUGGAUUGGAUUUAAAUGGAUUGGAUUAUGUGGAUAUUUUUAAUGGAUUGAUGGAUUGGAUUGGUGGAUUGGAUUGAAAUUGCCACCUCUACUUAUGAUGAAUGAGAUUUUGAUCUUGAUUUGGUAGAGCAAUUAUUAGGGUUGUCCAGGAAUCUUUUGUUUGAUUUCGGUAUCCCCUAAUUGGAAUUUGACCAAAUUAUUAAAAGUUCUGUAAACAGAACUUGGUUUUUCCUGAUGAAAUGACAACAAACUAAUUGAAGUCGCUAACAAUAAAACUGCUCAUUUUAGGACCAUACAGUAUCUCCCCUAUUCCCUUAAUUUUCCCCUCGUCAAAUGCAACUCUGGAGGGUUGGUUCAUUGCAUGCCGACACUGUGAUCAAAUCGCCUCCACAUGAUAGCAGUUGUUCCCAAUGAGUUUCAUAACCAUCGUGUUUGAUCCAAUAUAUGAAAGACGGACAACUAAAUUCACUAUUCAAUUGUGGUUUUAUAGGUCAAAAUAUUGAUAAGGUUGGGUCCAGGGAUCAUCAGUUUCGACUCCAGAGAAAAUGAGUCCAUCACAACACGCGUUGGAAAUAGUUCUCUUUUAACUUGGUUAGUAAUUUAUAAGCAGGGGCUAGAAAUUAGUGUGAUGCACAAAGUCCAUCACAACACGCGUUGAUCACCCUCACUUCAAGAUGUUAGAUCGUAGGAUUUCAGCGAAUCAAAUGAUAAUCAACAUAUCGUUCAAAGAUCACCCUGCAAAGGUCAGCCACAAAAUCUCCCGAUAAUUCUUUGUUAGCUGUCGAAGAUUGAUACAUGAGGAGGACACAUUCAAAGGCAUAAAUUGUGUAGCUGAAAAUAGACUGCUUUUGGUUGGAUUGGAUUAAUGUAAUAUUGGAAGGUAGGAGAAGUAAAGAAAGCAAAAAGAAGAAGGAAAGUCUUUCCACAUGCAACAUUGGUGCAUGUGGGCGCAGAGAGAACAAAAUAGUUGCUUAUGGGAUGCCAUCCCACAUGAAGAAUCCAUCAGACUACGACCCCUAGAUUUUCUACACAAAUUCAUUGUUAAUCAAUUAAUUAAAUAUUUUUCUUCACUAAUGAAAUUGGAAAUUGGUAACUAAAAUAACGUCAACUAUAAUGGACAUAUCACAUGUGAACUGAACUUGGUCAGGUUUCUCAUUUUGGAGAAAAUGCAAAUAUAUUUGUUUCAUUAAUCGAUGCAACAACCAAUUACCUGUUGGUUUCGUUUUAUCGAUCGGUUCGUCUUAUCCUUGUUUUUCUUACGUAAGGGUGAUUGUUUAUAGUUGAUUUCCUUAUAAACAUAAUUGAUACUCGAAAUUCUGAUUUAGCCUAUUGCAUAAUGCAUGAUACUUGUGGAACCUCUUACCACGGAUUUCUCUUCUUCUAUUUUUACCAGACAGGUCGAAUAAAGCUAAACUUAGUUACACUAGAAAAUCCCUCCUUUCCCAAAAACAAAAUCAAAUGACAACAAAUUUACAAUACCUGAUAAAUGGCAUUUUUUGCAAUAGUAUGAGCAACUCAAAUGUUAUCCGAAAAAAUCGUACAAAACUCUAAUUAAUUUUAUAUAUAUAUUACAGCAACACCUCACGACAAUCUCUAAGAAUCGGGCCACCAAUGAUAUCAUCCUUUAGUCUGCCCGUUGAUCUUAUUACGAAUUAUGACUUCGGAAUCCCAUUCGAACAUAGCACCCCAAAAGUCUUGCAUCACAGAUCAAGAGAAUAACAUCUCGAACAUGUAGCAAUUUUGGCAAGAUGAGAUUUGGAAAUCUCCGAAUGACGAAUUACGACAGUAAGAAGAGUGAUGAUGUUUCGUUGGCGAAACUCGCGCGUUCAAUGCGCUCUGUUUUCAAGGAAACAAAAAUACAAAGUCAACACAAUCGUCAAAUAUCCGCCGCCGAAGUCGGCGCCGCUGAUUUGAUCGAUUAAAGCAGAAACCAAGACGAUCGUCAAAUAUCCGCCGCCGGUAUCGGCGUCGUUGAUUUGAUCGAUGCACCUUUGACCUCUAAUCAAACAACCGUUACUCGGUUCACCACCUCUCCAAACUACGUUCGAACGAGGGUGUUCAACGAGAAACGAGAAACCAAACCGAGAGUAUUCUAAGUUACGUUACCUCUACUCCUAUGGAGGUUCCUCUGGAGAGCUCCGCAACUACGACUACAACUACUACGACUCUGCAAAGGAGGUCUUUGACAGAGCAGAUCUACGAACUAGAGAGAAAAAGGAUAAAUCUGCGUAGGUGCAGUUUGUGAUUUGAUUUUGCCGUCCCCAGUCUCUCUCUCUUCUCAAUCUUUAUACUUCGCGCUUCUCCCCUUCGUGGUAACUGCCUUGGCGCCUUUGUCUCCCACGUCUUCAUUCCUGUCAACCGUGCAGGUAACUUCCUCCUUGUUGCGUGAUAACCACGUGCCCUCGAAACCGCUCUUGCUUUGCAGAAACUUGGCGAAACGACUCACCACCUUGUCCAUGUAACGAUGACGUUUCACCAAUACCACGGCAUCGCCUUUCACCAACCGAUGUCGUUUUAUGAUCCAACUCAACUGCCCCGACCCGGUUUAACCAACGACAUUGUUAGUCCAUCAAACAACGUCGUUCUAUACUCUUGCGACGCCGUUAGGCUUGGCGGGCUGCCUUCGGCCGAACUCUUACCACUACCGCGAUGUCGUUUUACUUUUUCGCGGCAUCGCUUUUCAUUAAACGACACCGUCUAAAAUACUCAUAAAUUACCGAUUUAUUAAAUCAGCCCUCAUUGUUAACUCGCCGUCAAACUCUCACCCUGGCGUCGUUCUUAGUUAAACAACAUCGUUUCCUUGUCCCGCGGUGUCGUUUCUCCUCUUACGGCAUCGCUUUCAACUAAACGCCACCGUGCUAAAAAGUCAUUAAAACAUUAAUUAAUUAAUCCGGCCAUCACUAGCUAUGGCCAACGACAUCGCUAGCGCCACCACAGCUCCGAUUGUUUUUUCCUUUUUGCGACAUUGUUUGUUAUUUUAAACACUGUCGUUUGCUAAUCCACGGUACCAUUGGGCUUAUCGCGGUACCGUUUUUAAUUCCGCGGCACCGUUUUAGCUCUCCGCGGUGCCGCUUCUCCCUUUCCAACAAGGAGUAAAAAAUAAUAAUAAUUAAUUAGAGAAAACAAAACUCAUUCCUCAACACUCAACUAACGCGCGGCCCCUCUUUUGUUUUUUUGGUGGCUGGUGCCGCGGUACCGCUGAGCUUCCUUGCGGUACCGUUUUAAUUCUCCAUGCGGUACCGAUUUUCCCCUUCCUACAAGGAAUAAAGGUAAUAAUUAAUUAUAAAACUCCCUUCUCCAACCCAACUACACGCGCAGCCCCUUUUUUUUUCAUUAAGCGGUGUCGUUUCCCAUGCCGCGGUACCGCCGAGCUUCCUUGCGGUACCGUUUUAACUCUCCGCGACGCCGCUUAACUCCAAACGACAUCGUUUUUAACCCGCGGUAUCGAAUUAAAUGCCGAGACUAAUUAAUACGGCAUUUAAUUUCGGCCAAAUUAAUUUUAGGUGUCAACAGAUGAACUUCCACAUCAAAGUUGAUCUUGAGUAGCUAAUUUGUAGCAAAUUGAUUAACAGUAUAGAUUAUCGCUAAGUUGAUAAUCUCGUUCUAGCCGGUUCAUCACAAGUAUCACUAGCAAAACAACAAAGCCCACCAAAACCCAUUAAAAAACUAGUUAUUAAAUUGCUUCCCAGAGGAAGCCAAAGGAAUAUCUUAAAAAAAAAACCAAAAUAAAAAUAGAUUUUGCCAUUAGCUUUGCUCCCAUUUCUGUCAACAAUACCAACUACAAAAACCCCCUCAAAGCGUCACCUUCCCACUUCCCCACCUUCCCUUCAUUCCUUCUUUCUCCUCUUUCAGGCAUUUCAUCAAACACCUUUCUUCCGCAACACUUUUCCCCUUUUCACCGAAAUGGCCAGACCGCAACAACGAUACAGAGGCGUUCGACAGCGCCACUGGGGCUCCUGGGUUUCCGAAAUUCGCCACCCAUUACUGAAGACCAGAAUUUGGCUAGGCACGUUCGAGACGGCGGAGGACGCGGCCCGGGCUUACGACGAAGCGGCUCGGCUGAUGUGCGGGCCAAGGACCAGGACCAACUUCCCAUACAACCCAAAUGUGCCUCAAUCGGCCUCCUCCAAACUCCUGUCGGCCAAUCUCACCGCCAAGCUGCACAGGUGCUACAUGGCCUCGCUCCAAAUGACCAAACAAGCUUCCCUUCAGCACCAGCAGCAAUCUUCCAAUCCCCCAUCAGCUUCUUAUGCCAAUGCCAGGGUGAAAACAGAGGAAUUGGAGCAAGUUCAUGAAACAGAGUCGAAUUGGGUCGGUGUGAAUUGCAAGAAUGAUCAAGUGGAGAGCAACCAGCAGCUGUUCAAGCCAUUGGAGGAUCACCAAAUUGAGCAAAUGAUCGAGGAGCUGCUUCAUUAUGGGUCCAUUGAGCUCUGUUCUUCCGCUUCACAUCAGCCUUUCUAGAAAUUCACUUCCCCUGCCCUGCAUCCAAAGUUCGAGCCUUUCAUUAGCCAGCCAUGUGUGGCGGUGGUUACUAACACUACCCAUUUUGGCAAUUGGUCUGAUUUUUAACCUCAAUUCUUCAUGGCCCUUCUCCUCAAAAAGGGCCAUCUCUCUUUUUACCUCUGUUACUAGCUACUUAGCCAUCCAGACCUCUUCUGGGUCAUCUCUAGAAAAAGUGUCUACUUAGUUACCUCAUUAAUGUACAGUAGGUCGUAUCAUAUCCAUAUCAAUGUUGCUGCUUAUCAUAAAUUGAACGUUCCCCCGCCUUAUGUUAAUGGCAUUAUAAGUUAUGUUUCCAAGUUGGGAUUAUUCAUAUUCCAAUGGGCUCUCACAUUUUCUUCAGACUAGUUUUCGUAGCUAUAGAUUUGGUGUUCGAAUCGAGAAGAUAAAUGCCAUAGAGAAAGGCAAUGAGUGCGGCGUUAUGGUGCAUCCAUUUCAUACUUGUCAAACAAGUAAAAUUGUAGCUAGAGAGACUUCAGCACAGUAGUGUGCAGAGAAAAAGGGGUUAGUAUGAACGGCAUUGUGGAUUGGAGGGAACAUAAGAGGGGAGAGUGGGAAAAAGGUUGCAGCUUUUGUUCAAUUGAGAGCCAUUUUCAGGCUUUCAGCUUUCACUCUCGAGGGAAGAAUUUGGAGCAAGUACUGCUGCUAGUUUUGAGUAAUGGGGAUGCCAGUUGUGGCUGUGGGUGGUAAAAUAAAAAUGGGGGAAACAAAGAGAUAGCUCUUUUCAACUUUUCUUCAAUUGGGGUCGUGGGUGGGGACAUAAACAGCUUUCUCUUCGAACUUCUAAGCGUGGUGUGUGGAACAAAUUUGGUCUGCAUGUUCUGUGGAGAUCUUCUUCUUUUUUAUCUUCAAGUCAAGUGCAGCUAUUUUCCCUUUUACCCGUGCAUCCAGUUAAAGAAAACACUGGCUGCGACUGAAAACAAAAGCGUCGUUAAAAAAUAGGGUUAAUACAAUAUAUUAGCCACAACUAUUAUGAAGCGGGGAAUUAUAGCCACAACUAUGAAAAUUCAAAUUAUUAGCCAUAACUAUUGUUGUAGGUCAAGAUAUGGGUAACCGUCUGUUACUAUUAUUGAAUUUUUGACGGAGAAGGCCACAUCAUCGGCCACGACAACGGCCACGUAGGAAUGCUUUUAGUUUAUAACUUCAAAACAUAAAAGUUUAGUCAGUAUUACUAACGAAAUUGUUAGCAGAUAGUUAAAGUUUGGCUAAUAAUUUGAAUUUCAAUAGUUGUGGCUAUAAUUCCCCGCUUCAUAAUAGUUGUGGCUAAUAUAUUGUAUUUACCCUAAAAAAUAUAUGAGUUAAUGGUAUUGCUACUCAUUGUAGAAUGCCUUUUUGACGGGUUUUAUAUCCCUUUCUAUAAUAUGUUUGGGACUUCCCUACAGUAAUUUCAAGUUAAGUGAUUUGGGACCUCCUAUCAUGCCUUGAUACUAUAAUUUGGCUUUUUUUACCUGUUAUAGCAGGUUUUAUAGGUCGCAUUACGUAAAAAUAAUGUUUAUUACGUAACAAUUACGUAAUGCUUGUUAGUCUUACGUAACAGUUAAACAAUAAGCGUUACGGAAGGUUUCCAUAACGACUUAUCAUUUUACGUAACACUAGGUUAAUAUUCAUUACGUAAAAGCAUCUUCUAUUAUGUAAGGCUUCCUAAUGACAUUUUACAAUUGUUACAUAAAAUACACGCUCAUUACGUAAAGGUUACGUAACGAAGGUUAUAUCUUACGUAACACUUAAAUUAGAAGUGUUACGUAAGACUUCCGUAAUGACUUACCACAUUACGUAACUUGAUUAAUAUUCAUUACGUAAAAGGACCAUCCAUUACGUAAGGCUUCCGUAAUGCCACUUUACAACUGUUACGUAAAAUAUGCAUCUAUUAUGUAAAGGUUACGUGAUGAUAGUUAUUUCUUACGUAACAGUUAAAUUAGAAGCGUUACGUAAGUCUCCGUAAUGAUUUAAUAGAUUACGUAACGAAAGGUUAAUAUUCAUUACGUAAAAUGAGUGUCUAUUACGUAAGGUUUCUGUAAUGACAUUUUUCAACUAUUAUGUAAGAUAAACACACAUUACGUAACCAUUACGUAAUGUCUAUUGUAUUUUACGUAAUGCGACUUGUGAAACCUGUUAUUGCAGGUCAAAAACAUCAAGUUACAAUAACUUCAAGGUAUUGUAGGAAUUUCCCAAGUGAUUUAUAUUGAGCCAUUAAGAAAAAUACUAUUUUAUUUUGAAAAUUAAUUAGAAACAAGGGUCACACUGUUAAACUAAUCGGUAACAGACGAUUAAUGGUUAUAUAGUUAAUCAAUUUUAAGCUAAGGGUACGAUUAUCAGUAGGUUGGAAUGGCUUUUGGUGUAAUCAAUAACUAAAUAGUCGGUUAAUGGUUAACCAACAAUUGACCGAAUAUAAAUAUCCACGUUUCUCUCCCAAUAAAGUGGUCAUGACUCUAAAAAAAAAAACUCCCGAACAAUGAAUGUAUGAUGUGAUGGAAUCGCAAACAAAUUGUGGGAUGACUUUCAAACUAGACUUAUUUAGCAUUGGUGUUGUAAUAACAUUUAUUUGAAAUACUAUGCUGUACUAAUAUUAUGUAUCUUAGCAAAUUAAAACAAUGUGAUUCAUAAACAAAAUUCUAAUCAUGAUCAGAGUUGUCUGUAUAGUAAGUAAGUUGGAUUUUUUUUAACCUUUUGUAGCAAGUCUUUUGCGUUAUAUUAGCUUGGAUAUGUAGAGUCCAUUAUAUGAAAACAAUAUUUUAACCAGAUAAAUAAAAGGAUGGGGCUUAAAAAAUCGACUCUUCACUUAUGUUAGAGUAUAAUCAACUCCUAAUUAGUUUGAUGGGUUCAUGUCUUUUUUUCCCCUUCAGUUUUCCCCUUUUCCAUUUAGUCAUCAUGUGAGUGAGUGGCCAAGUUUCAAUGGGGGACUGAAAAACAUCAAAACAUUGAAAGCCCCUUUAUGAAAUCCUUUCAAGUUUGGUGUUUGAAAUGUUUUUGGAUUCAUGUGAGUUAGUCUGAUAGAAAACUACAGCAGCCGGCCCAGGGACAGAGAUUCCUGGUUGCUACAAAAUCCUCUCAUAAGAAAAUCACUUACCACACGGGUCACAAUUAAAUCGAGUCCUAGGGUUUCAAUUAUUUUUAACUGACCCAGACACAGUACUAGCAAAUAAUGCCUUUCUACUUGCACAUGUCCUCCAAAUUUUCACCAUGGAGAACGAAACUCUGUAACUAGUAAGUUAUCUCUCCUUUUUCACCUCUGUUUUCCCACUUGUAGUUUUUCACCUUUGGCUUUGUUGAUUGGGUUACCAUUUCUCGGCCCCUCGAUCGAAUUCUCGGAUAUCAGGACAACGAUUAAUUUUGUUUUUGGUAGUUGGAGUUGAGAUCCAUCGAUCAAACUCUUGGAUACCGAGCCAAAGAUUAAUUUGUUUCGGUAACUCAAGUUGUUGUCUGUCUCUGUGAUCAUCCAUGUAUGAAUCUUGUACCAUUAGUUAAUAACUUCUACCUGCCGCCAAUUAACGAAAAGGUUAGAGAGGAUCAAUGUACAAAAGCCCUCAAGGUUUUUACUUUUUACAGUUUAAUGUAAAAUUAAAGAUGGAACAAGAAUCAACAAAAAGGAAGGUGUCUGAUUUGUGGGUGUUGGUGUCUAGUCCAUGUCAAGAAAUGGAACUUGAUGAUUGUUGAGCUUGUGGAGGGAAAUCGAUUCUGUUCCCCACAACAAUGGAAAAAAGGAAGAUGAAGAAAGUCAGGGUUAAAGUUUUGGGAUGUGUUAGCUUCAUGAUUCUGUUCUACUUUUGAUUCAGUAAAGUUUAUCAAAAAAAUCAUGGGCAUGCUAGGUAGUGAGUUUUCCUUCCAUCAUUAGGAGUUUGAACUUUUAGCCAUCUUAAAGGAGGGAAUUGAAGGUAAGGGAGAAAGAUAGGUACUAGCUAUUCAUGUAUGGAAUGGUAGAUGGCUCAUUGUUGGAAUGUUGGUGCCACCAUUUAAAUUAGUGAUUUCUAUAUGUCUUGUCAUUCAAUACCCAAAAGGGAUAAUACAAGAUAGUUCUAGACUUCUACUACAUAUGGUCAACCAGGAAUUUUAGUGUAAAAGAAGGUAGAUAACAUCACCACUAAGAAAAAACUCAAAGAAAGUUUAAUAAAAUGAGGAAAACAUCAUGAGUUAGGGGUAAAGAAUCACGUAAAAUAGAGUUUAAUUAAGUAACCCCUCAAGCUCGAAUCUAACCUCUCAUCAAAGUUCCCUUGACCCAUAUGAAAAGGUGAGAAUCUUUUUGUACGAUCGAUGUGAAUUGAUCUCACAAGCCCUUCAAUGAGUACAUGAUACAUACUGUGUUCUAUACACUAUAAGUAUAGUGUAUAUAUAUAUUAUCCAACAUUUGUCUAAUAUAAUAAUCAGCUUAUCGUUAUACUUAAAAGUAAUUAUCCACUUUUACUCGUAAAUUGAUCCAUAUGAUGGAUUUUGAUAUCGUUGCAUAACCUUGUUCAUCAAAGAUGGUACGAUUUACAUCAUAAAUACAUUAUAAUAAUUUUGGAGCAGAUUCAUAUAAUUUUUCAUUAUUUGUAAUACAAUUUAUAAGUGAUAAUGUGUUUACAAAAUUCAUCCAAACUGACAUUUAAUGUUGUACACAAAUAUGAUUGUGUAUGUUUAGUGAAUUGACUCUAUAAAGUACGAUACAAAUAAUAUUUUCAAAGUACAUUAUACAUCAUGAUCAUGAUGAUGUUUUCACGGCUGUGGCCAACCAAACCUCUAGGGGCUCUAACCUUUCUCUGAUUUCGACGAAUGUAUGAAAAUGAAAGCCCCAUUUUUCACUCACUCCAACAAUCAAAUUCAAAAGUAGCCAUGGUGAAUUCCACACUGUUAAUUAUCAUAUAAAUUCCGUGUGCUUUAUGGGAUUGCAGACAACUAACUGCUUCGAGUAAUAAGUAGCUUGUUCUCUUGUGGGCUUGAUUCCACAGUAGAACUUCACUCUUCUGUAGUAGAGUGGAAUAGAUGUCCUGAUCAUUUACUGGAUUAAGCCUGGAUUGAUGGCUAAUAUGUUUUCCAUUAUGGAAACAAAAACAUGUCCUCAUUAUUGUUGUAAAUUAAAUCUAAGAACUUUGAAUUUUGAUCGCAAACAGGUUAAUGGGUUAUGGUUGUUUCAAUUGACAUAGGCCAAAUCUAUAAGCAUCGUCAAUACCUCGACUUCCAACAACAACAGAACGUUUAAGUGAACAAUCAAUCUGACAAACAAAAUCAACACUGUUUCAAUUGCUAUCAAUACACGAAAUGGUGAACUACUAUAUCAUAAAUUCAAAUAAUUUUCUUUUCAAUCAACAACUUUAUCCCACAUAAACAAACAAACGAGUAUAAGGAGAGAUUUUCCCUAACAGGUACUAAUAAAAAAGUAGUCAAAACCAAUCAUGGGCUGCCAAUCAUGUUGCAUCGUGAAGAAUCUUAUAUUGCAGUGUUGGAGAAGGGACAACAAAUCACACAACAUAACCUUAUUAUUAUUUUCCAAUUCUUCAUUUACUUAGCUGAAAACAAUUUUGUGUCGAUGGAAUGGGGGAAGUUGAUCAUUGGGUUUAGAUGCGUUGGAUCAAGUGAUCGAUCUUUCUUUGCAAAGUUCCAAAAAGACAAAAGGACUUUUGGAUUGGGAUUUUAUACAAAGGAAAGAUGUAAAAAUAAAAAGGAUUGGUGGCAUACUCUCUUUAAGUAAGGUUGUCCAAUCGGUUUAAUUCGUUAAUUCGGUUUAAUAAAUAGUAUUGUUCUGUAAGGUUCCAAUUUCGAUAUUGAUUGAUGCUGGUUGUGACAAAAAUAUGUGAGGAAGAUGUGAAACCAUUAGCACCAAUGAAUUGUGCAUAUAUAUAAUUUAUUUCAACAUAGAUCUCUCUAUAAUUACACCCUUAUUUAUAUAAAAUACCUCAUUAAAAAUAAAAUGAUAAAUCCUCAUAUUUUGACCUUUAUACUUGAAUUCAACAAACAACAUCAACAUCUAAACUUCAUAUUUAAAUCCAACAAAUGUAUUUCUUUUUGUUAAUUAUUCCAACAGAUCAUUCCUAUAGAACGACUUACAUUUUCAAUUUAACUAUCACUCUAUAGUCUAUGUCGAUGAUCUUCCAAUUUAUUUGAUGUCUGGUACCGAUUGAACUCGAUUAAAUCGUCCGACAUACCAAUGGUUUGACAACCAUCUUUAUAUAACUUAUUCAGAGCUAGUUCUAUCUCAAUGAAUAAGUAUUAAACCUUUAACCCUCAUUAUUCAUUUAUUUAUGAUAAUAGAAACAAAGUGAUCAACCACCAUACCUUAACUCUUGUAGCUACAUGAGAUGAUGAGUUUAAUUUAUUUGAUGGCCUCAUUAAAAUUUGGUUGAUGGGUUGCAUAUGGGAUUGUCUCAUCAUAUGGUCUCGGACUUUUGUCCUUUUCCCGGCCCAUAAAUUUGAUACAAAAAUCGAAUGGUCGUAUUAUAAGCAUGUGGAAUGUGCAUGUUCAUGUUAACGACCACAUGGCCCUAACCGCCCUUUUCUUCUUCUUCUUUUAUUAUUAUUAUUAUUAUUAUUAUUAUUAUUAUUAUUGGCUCUCCUCUCCUCUACUCUACCAAAUUCAGCAUGGAGAUGGAGUGCAACCCAUGUGCAUGCCCUAUUGAAUCCAACAAUAAGGUAAAUACAAAAUUGUUUCAACUUUCAACUAGGACGAUGUAUUCAUGGCUAACAAGGUUUACUAACCUCAUCGUUGUAAAGGAUAGCAAGAAGCGAUAAAUGACUCGUCGAUGAUUUUCGAUUGAUUCUCAUUUGAAAUGUCGUAGAAGGAAUCUGUGAUAAUAUUCAAUUCAAAAUUGGAUCUAAAAGAGAUUAAAGGGAAAAUAAGGAGCAUAAUUAGAACAAUAAUACGACUGAUUGGAUUCACUCCAAUUCAAAUUUGAUUCCGAUCCCGAUCCAUUUUUUCUCACAUGUAAUAUGAUUCACAUGGUCAAUCCAAUGCAAUUCAAUCUAGAUAUUGAGUUGGUUUAAUUUGGUCUAAUGCGAGUUCAUCUUGCCCACCCAUAAACCUAUAAAAGCUUGGGACUCGUUUGCUUCGUAGAUUUGGAGACAUGAGGAUUUUGGGUUAAAACAUGCGUUUUGGAAAACCUGGGAUUUGGUUGAUCAUGGAUUUGUUUUUAUGGUUUUGUAGCUUUAUUUAAAUUACUUUACUAUCCUAUUUAUUUAUUUAUUAUAAAUUGUUGAGGCAAUAGGAUAUGUUAUUAGGGGUGGGCAACGGGACGGGACGGGAUACCCGUCCCGUUUGAAACGGGUAACCAAUCCCAUUUAGAGAGCAAUCUCCAUCCCAUUCCCAAACCCGUACGGGUUAACGGGUACCCAUUACCCGUACGGGACGGAUAACGGGUACCCAUAAUACUCGUAAAUACUCGUUCAAUUGGUGGAAGAACUACAAAAGUUUUAACACACAAUUAAACAAACCCACCUAAAAUGAGAAGCUGCCACCAUCACUAUCAUGAACACACAAAUCAUACAAUUAAGGAGAGUUAAAAGGCUAAUAUGAGAAACCUACGAACAAUUACACAAUAAAACAAUAAAAAAAACCCUGCAAAACCACAUAAUCUGAACAUUAAAAGAGUGAAAGAGAAGCCGCCAAAACAACAGCAAAUUCUUUAGUUCUUUGGUUCCAAAACAGGAGCAGCAUCUUCUUUGUUCUUUGACUCCAAAAUUCCAGUUGAAUCCCUUCUUUGCACUAACGAGUUUUGGGAUUUUUGGACUAAUGGGAAUAACGGGUACCCGUAAUACCAAACGGGUUAUUAACAUGUAACCCGCGGGUACACAAAGUAGUGAUUGUUGAUCCCAAAUCCCAACCCGUUAAAAAAAUACGGGUAUUUGGGUACCCACAACCCUUACAAAAACAGGACGGAUACGGAUAUACCCAAAUACCCAUUUCCCGUUACCCACCCCUAUGAUAUGUAAGCAAUUCUUAUCAUGGGAUCCAGAGAUUUGUGAUCAUGUUCCAAAUCACACAAUCAUAUUUGGGAUUUGCAAGUUCACGCGAAGUUCAUAAAUUUAGACCCUCAAAAUUCAUGAGUCCCAUAAAUUUUGUCCUCCCACCAAAAUUUGGUGCAAUAUACCAAAUCCAUAAUGAUUAUGGAUUUGAACCCAAUUCAAUGCCUUAAAUCCAUAAAGCAAAUGACCCUGAGUUCUUUAGAUAUAGGCUGGCCCUAUAUCUUAACAACUUCAGUAAAAACCGAAAGCCCAUCAUGAAUGCAUCAUGAAUUGGUAGUGGACCGACGCCCACCCAUAUAGAGCCCAUACAGUACUUGGCUACCGAUGAUGCUCCUCCAUUUUGGUUGGGCCCAAAUUAGCAUAUGUCUUCCUCGGCCGACGCCCAAACGUAAGUGCUGUUUGAGCACAGAUCCAGCGUUGUGGAACGAUAAUGUAUUGGACCAACUGGGGAACAAAGAUGGAGGACUAGACAACAUCUGAAUUAUUUAGUAUCGUUUGUUUCAUGGAUUUAAAAAGGAAGGAUUUGUAAUUUAAACACUCAAUGAUUUAUCAAGGAUUUGAUGCAUUAUGGAUUUGUAACAGUUCUUUAUUUGUUGAGAUGUUUUAUCAUGAAUUUAAGGAGUUUGGGAUUUAGAACUUAAAGUAAAAAAUCAUCAUAUGA